GUUAAACUUCUAUUACGUUUCGUUGUGCAAUGAAGUACAACUAAAUUAAGAAUGUUGCUUAGUAUUUUAGUAGAUAAGAACGAAAUUAAAUAAGCAAACGAAAAAAUAAUAGUUUUUAAAGUUAUUGUUAGGGUAUUAAAAAAAUCAAAAUGACAAAUUCAGCAAUGUUCGCAGGUGUUGCUACAGGAUGUCUACUUAUGGUACACGCUGGAAUGACCGAAAUUAGUUACCAGUUUCAGGUUUAUAGGUUUUUGCGUAUAAACGAAAUUAGCGUUUCACUUAUAACCAAGUUUAUUAUAUCGUCCAAACUGGGAGGACUAAUCGGAUCCUUAUUUUUUGGUGCAUUGGCCGAAAUAAUUGGAAGACAGCGUACAAUAACCGCGAUAUAUUUACCAUUACUGAUAUCUUCAAUUAUGUUUCAAGCAACUUCGAAUUAUGUGGUUGGUUGCGGGGCAAGUUUUAUAGCAGGUCUAUCAAUAGGUGGAACGUAUGCGGUGAUACCAAUUUUUAUUGGGGAAAUAAGUACAAAAGACAUAAGGGGUAGAUUAAUUGCACUUUUGUAUCCAUCACACCAAUUGGGGAUAUUUUUAAUAAUUAUAGGUAGACUUGUUAUGUCAGGUUUUUAUGAAACUGAUAUGAUGCCCUUUAAAAAUUAUAGUUCUAUAAUACUGGCAAUGUUUGGUAUACUUUUAACAGGGACAGUUGUAAGAGAAACACCUUAUUAUUAUUUGAAUACAGGAAAAGAAGAAUUAGCUAAACAAAAUUUGACAUAUAUACGGAAUUUUUUGGCAAACACUGAGUUGGAGUAUAAUGAAAUUCAAAGUGGCAUAAAAUCUAUAAAAAGUAUUGAACCUGAAGCUGGUAAAAUUUACUCGACCAAACGAAGUUGGAUAAAACCGUUACUACUAAUGGUAGGAGUUUAUAUUUUUACAUAUGCAGUUUAUGUUUUUCCCCGUUACGCCUUGAGUUCAAUUUCUUCCAGCUCUUUUAAUCCUGUGGCACUAGGAAUAAUCAUUAGAUGCUUGCUGAUGCUUUUUGUUGGACUAUCUGAAAGCAGUUAUGGCUUACAUGUAUUUCGGCUUUUAUAUGCAGAAAAAGUUAAUGAUUCUCUAGUUAUUAUAUUUGUAUUAUCAUCAAAAGUAGGCAGUAUAAUUGGAUCACUGAUAUACAGUAUUUUAGCCGAAAUUAUUGGCAGAAGAUACACCAUAACUGCGAUUUGCUUACCAUUAGUGAUAUCAUCAAUUAUUUUUCAAAUUACUUCAGAAUAUGUAGUGGGCUGUAUAGCAAAUUUUCUCACAGGUUUAUCAAUUGGUGGAAUUUUUUCAGUUUUACCAGUUUACAUAGGAGAAGUAGCUACAGAUUGUUCCAGAGGUAGACUAAUUGCUGUUUUGUGGCCUGCACAUGCUCUAGGAAGAUUUUUAUUAUUCUCAGGAAUUUUAAAUUUUAUUGGAGAAAACAUAGAAUUUUCUUUUACGAAUUAUUUGUCUUCAUUUUUGGGAUUUCUUUCCGCCAUUUUAUCUUUAACCGUAAUAACUGAGACUCCAUACUAUUGCUUUAAAAAUGGCAAGCAGGUAAAUGGUAGAAAACCAUGUUUUGUGGAUCCAGGAAGUAUACCCUUAAACCAACAUUUAGAAUUGACCGAAGUUCAAGAUGACAUUAAUGAAAACGUAGAUCAUGUCGACAGGGAAGCUAAGCACUCCAUUUUUUUAAAAUAUAGAUGGCUUAAGCCCAUGUUACUAAUGGUGUUACUUUAUAUUCUUAGGUCACUAUCAGGAAUUAAUAGUUUUACUUUCUUUAAUUAUAUAACGAGUGCCUAUUACAAUAUCAAUUUGGAUCUUACGGCCAAAACAUUAAUUAUAAGUGGAGCACAGCUGACGACCACAUUUUUUGUUUUAUUUUUAGUCGACCACUUUGGCAGAAAAUUGUGUCUGAUGAUAUCUUUUGGGGGCAUGGCGUAUUGUUUAGUAUUAUUCUUAAUACUGACUGUAUCUAAAACAAACUUGUAUUAUUUGUAUUUACCAAUCCUUUUUCUAUUUCACACAGCAGUAAAUAUAGGAAUUGGUCCAAUACCUCUUAUACUCUUAAGUGAAAUAUUUCCUUUUAAUACAAAAAUGAUUUGUGUUAGUAUAUGUACAAUCGUAUUUUUUAUUAUACAAAUUAUUUUACAACUUCUUGUUGAGUAUACGCAUACUAUAGAGGAUUCUUUUAUAGAUGUAUAUGUUGCUGUAAUUGUCUCAGCCCUAUCUGUGAUAAUUGUUAAAUAUUUGUAUUUUGAAACCAAAAAGAAACGCCUUUAUAUUUUAAAUUAAGUUAAAAUAAUUUCUUAUAAUAUUUAUUUAUUGAUAUAUAAUACAUAAAUUGAUAUUAAUUUAUUAUUUAAAUAUUUGAUGUACCUGUGUAAACCUUAAAAAUUAUUAUUUAGUCUGACAGCUGGAUACCUUUUUGUAUGCAGGUGCAACAACUCGCCGCCCAUGCGCGAACGCUUAGUUGCUACAUCGGCUGUCGGAUGACAACAAAGGUGUAGUCCGCUAUGCUUAAGUGGAGUUAGGGAAUUCGUUGACCAUUCUUUUUUAAAUUGAAAGGAUUGUAUUGGGCGCCAUGCAGAUUUGCUUUACGGCCAACGCCUAAAGUGGACUACUUCAAACCCACUAAUUUGUUUUUUUUCUUCUUUCUAUUUAUAAGAAAUUCUGCUUGUUCAUUGGUGGAUUAAUUCCUCUAUGGAAGGUUCUCACUCCAUCUUUUGCGCAAUCUUCUUUUCUUAUUACUAUUGUUUUAGUUUUAAGAGAUAAGAUUGUCAUAUUAAAUUAUUUUGCCCUUAUAUUAAAUCUGUGGACCAGUCUUCGCAAACUAUCUUCAUCUUGGGCAAUCAAUAUUGCGUAGCAGAGUAUUUUUAUGUUUUUGUUUUACAUUUUGACAAAUGUUUCACAAAUUGAGCAUGGGGCUCAAUGAGCUUAUUCCUAUUAAUGCAAGUUCUGUAAGUUCUCCAAUCUAUUUUGACUUCCAUUUUUGUUAUUUUGGUAGUUGUUUUAGAUAGUUUUUAUAAGAUUUAAGGGAACUUCUUUUUUAUAUAGAAGAUGAAUUACAUCUUUGAUUCUUACUUUGUCAAAUGGUUUCUUUAAGUGAAUUAGACAAAAAAUUGUUCUAAAAAAUUUUAUUAUAGCGAUUUCUCAGUAAUUUGCUUUAUAAUGAAUAUUCCAUCUAUACAUAAUCAUAACCUACAAAAAACGUUGUUCAUUCUCUUAACUUUUCCUCUGAUUUAUUAGUUCUUGCAAAAUGUUAGUUGUAAGUUUUACUGUUGUAUUUAACAAGCUUAUACCUCUGUAGUUUUCUGGCUGUUUUUAUCUACUUUUUUGACUAGUAGAACUAGUUCACCCGUUCUCUAUUCUUCCAGUAUUUUAUUGUGUUUUAUAAUUUUAUUAAUUAAUGUUGUUAAUUUGUUUUGUCAUUGCUGCUUAACAAUAUUUCAAUAAUUCGUUUGGUAACCCGUCUUUACCUGCUGCUUUUCUGUUCUUUGAACAGAAGUCAAGAUUUAAGUUUUUGAAUCAAAUAUUUUACGAACUUCCUGUAUAUUUAUAUUAAGUCAUUCAUUUGUGGUAAUUUUUGGUGUUUCUGAUUCUACCGCCGUUUAUUCUUCCUCUGCAUAGAGCUUUUGUAGGUAGUUUAUCCAUGUGUCCUUAUCUAUGUACUUUCGUUCUAUUAGUUCCUUUACCCAUGUCCUUUAAAUGUUUAUAAAGUGCCAUAUUUCCUUUUCCACACCAUAAAAUUUGUGUUCUUUGUUGUCUUAAAAAGCCUUUCCAGUUAGCAGUUUUUAUUUUUUUUACAAGUGAUUGUGUUUCGUUUCUUAUUGUCUUCUAAAUAUGGUAUGCCUCUUGUGUUUUGGUUGACAUGUAUUUCAGGUACGCUUUUUUCUUUUCUUUACAUUUUUCUUUACUUCUGUGCAAAACUAUGGAGUUCUUCGCCUUGAGAACUAUUUAUUUUUAUUUAUAUUUCUUUCACCAAGAACUUCCUUGAUAUAGGCUAAGAUAUUAGACUAAAUUUUGGCCCAAAUUUCUUCGACUUCACCACUUUGACUGAUAUGUAUUUCUGCUUGUUUCAGUUAUUCUUUUUUAGAAGAGGUGCCCUGUGGAGCCAUCCUGUAAGCUUACUAAUUUUAUCUUUGUGGUUUAUUCUGGUAUUUUAUUAUCACGUAUAUGUGGAGUUGACUGUUGACCAAAUUGUUGACGUGAUAAAUCAAUAUAACUAAGGGAAAUAAAUCGACUUUACUCAUUAAAACUCACUCAAUUAUAGGUUAGCAAUAAGUAAACCAAAAAUAAAUAAUUUAGCUUUUACACAAAAUAUAAAAUAAUUAAUAAUAAAAUAAACCGAACAAAAAUAACAUUACUUAACAACCACUAGGAUAACCUACAUGGUAACUAGUUGCGCAAAAGCGAAUAGGCCUUCUUGCUCACAAAAUUAGUCGCUUAAUUAAAAGUUAUAAGCGUCUUAUGAGCAUACAUAACGUCAACACGUAGUCUCCCGCCCUGUGCGGGAGACUACGCACAGGGCGAAAAUACUUAUGUUAAUUAAAAUUAAUUAAAAUAUUUAUAAAAAAAAAUUUAAUAAAAAUUGGUACCACAUUUUGAGUACACACUCGUAUUCAGCAAAAAUUUUUACAUAAGAUACAACAGUUUUAAACUAUCCAUCCUUCUAUGCAUACAGAAGGGUAAUCAGCUACCGGACUAACACCUACGCACUGUAUUCGAAUUGGAAAACCUUAUUAGAACUGUGAGUCCUAUUUUUAUGUUUUAGAAGUAUUUGUCGUAAAUAUAUUUUUUGUAAUUUAAAAUGGUCAUCCCUCUGUAACUAAAUAUUUAAGUGUUCUAUGCUAUUUUAUUUUUAUUUUUUUACAAUAUUUUUAAUUUUUUUUAUUAUAUCCAUGUUUCGAUUAUUGAGAUCUUUAACAUAGAUAACAAUAUAUACUAAACAAAAAAAAUUUAAAGAUGUAAAUAAAAGACAAUAAAUAUUUAUAUUUU